UGAUCGCAAACACGGAAACACAGUGAAGUGAGUAGCGGGGAGGACCGUCGUAUUCGGUCUUUCAUCGUAUGCAAUUCAAGCAUCCGUGUUGAAAAGCAAACAUUGCGCGUAAAAUACACAACCGGGUCGCGUAUUAGACUUUUCAAUGGAUUCAAUGCAACUUCUGUCAUGGGCGUGCAUCGUGUUCACAGUCGGGAUGUUCUCGACUGGACUGACCGACCUGAAGAAGAUGAGAGAAUCCAAAAGUGCUGAGGAUAUCCAGUUUCUUCCUUUCCUCACCACGUGUCUUAAUAACCUGGGCUGGCUGUAUUAUGGGAUUCUGAAGACGGAUCAGACGAUUGUCCUGGUCAACGUCAUCGGAGCUCUACUCCAGAUCCUCUACAUCAUCGUGUACCUCUACUACACUAACCAAAAGAGGCUGGUGAUGUCACAGACCGUAGCGGCAGGGACGGUGCUGACCUGCGGCUGGUUCUACUUCACCAAGUUUCUUCCUGAGGGAGACAGUCGGCUCAGCCAGCUCGGCCUCACCUGCAGCGUGAUCACCGUCAGCAUGUACCUGUCCCCGCUCACCGACCUGGUACAGAUAGUGCGUACUGGUGAUGUGAAGUGCUUGUCCUUCCCUCUGACUGUAGCCACCUUCUUCACUUCAACCUCCUGGGUCCUGUACGGCCUCCAGCUGAACGACUACUAUAUUGUGGUUCCAAACUCGCCCGGCAUCUUCACCAGCCUCCUCAGGCUUUAUCUGUUUUGGAGAUUUGCGUCUGUCACUCAGAGGUCACCGGCCUAUAAGCCUAUGCAGAUAUGAGAG